UAGAAGAAGAAACAGGAAGUUGUCGCGCUGGGCGGCGCGGCAUGACCAGAACAACAAAAUGGCGGAAGAUUGGGAGUUUCGGGACUCCGCCUUGUAACGCAGCCUCCAGCUUUCCAAUUGGUCAGAGAUCUGUGUGGCUCCACCUAGAAAGCAGCAUGAACGUCCAGCAGCCGACUCCCCUGGUCCCCCCCGUCCACCCCGACGUCCAGAUGAAGGCUCUGCCGUUCUACGACGUCUUGGACGUCCUCAUCAAGCCUUCCAGUCUGGGAGCAAGUACGGCUCAGCGGUACCACCAGGAAAGGUACUUCAUCUUUGCGUUGACGCCGCAGCAGGUUCGGGAAGUCUGCAUCUCCCGGGACUUCCUACCAGGAGGAAGGAGGGACUACAUGGUUCAGAUCCAGCUGAGGUUCUGUUUAUCAGAGACCAGCUGUCCUCAGGAAGACAACUAUCCCAACAGUCUGUGUAUAAAGGUGAACGGGAAGCUCUUUCCUCUGCCUGGUUACGUGCCUCCACCAAAAAACGGCGUGGAGCAGAAAAGACCAGGAAGACCUCUGAACAUCACGUCCCUCGUCAGACUGUCCUCAGCUGUUCCUAACCAGAUCUCUGUCACGUGGGCUCCAGAGAUAGCAAAGACUUACUCCAUGUCCGUGUACCUAGUGAGGCAGCUGACGUCACCGUUACUUCUGCAGAGGCUGAGGAUGAAGGGCAUCAGGAACCCAGACCACUCCAGAGCUUUAAUUAAAGAGAAGCUCACGGCAGAUCCAGACAGCGAGAUCGCCACCACAAGUCUUCGAGUGUCCCUCAUGUGUCCACUGGGGAAGAUGCGUCUAACAGUGCCGUGCCGGUCUGUGACCUGCUCCCACCUGCAGUGCUUCGAUGCAGCUCUGUACCUGCAGAUGAACGAGAAAAAGCCCACUUGGAUCUGUCCCGUGUGUGAUAAGAAAGCAGCGUAUGAGAACCUGAUUAUUGACGGGUUGUUCCUGGAGAUCCUGAAUGAUUGCUCAGAUGUAGAUGAAAUCAAGUUCCAGGAGGACGGGACCUGGUGUCCCAUGAGACCGAAGAAGGAGACCCUGAAGGUCUCAUCACCGUUGGCUACAAAGAUCGACUCCUUAGCUCUUCCCAGACCACUAUCGGUGGUCUCCCAAGCUACAGAGCUUGUCUCCAUCAAGAAGGCAGAUGUGAUCGACUUAACUUUGGAAAGCUCCUCUUCCUCUGAAGAUGAGGAGAAGGAUGCAGAUCCUCCGCUGAAGAAACAGUGUGUUUACAUUUCCAAAAACGAGGACCUCCAUUCAAAGGGGGUUUUGACAUACCAGCCCACCGUGCGCAUGACGAACAUCCAGACCCUGGAAACGUCCUACCUAACUUCCACCCUGGCAGACUAUGCAGUCCCCUUCCACCCCUCCACCCUGGCCUCCAUCCCUACAGACAUGCAGAGUCUGGACCUAUUUUCAUUAAUCCAAGCAGAUCCACAGCAUUACCGGCCUCAGAUGUUCUUGGAGAACCUGACAGGUGGCAUCCAGAACAGCGCCGCUGCCAGUACCAGCGCUGCCCUGGUGUCCUCCUCCACCAGCAGCCAUUUCGAUACCAGCUCAAUCCACGAGUCCCGGGUCAUCACAGGAGGAGGCCCGAGUGUAGCAGGAGGUGCAGACAGCAGCAUAUCAGACAUCAUUUCAUUGGACUGAACUGAGCCUGACUGGACCUUCUGCCUCAGGACUUUCAGGACUUUACUUACAGGCCAUGUGGACUUAAACGUCAGAACACUGAUGCUCUCAAAAGACCGGAACGUUGAUGCCCUUGAUGAACUGAGGCAUUGAUGCUGUAAAUGAACCGGGACACUGGCAUCAUGUUAAAUGUGUUUCAGGCAUGUUGUCUCUUCUUCCUUUAUUUUCUUUUUUAUUAAAACUUAAAGGUUCUUGUUUUUAUACAUUGUGGUGAUGCUUCUGAUGGACUGAUGAAUGCAGUUGUGGUCCGAGCCAGUGGAACUGAACAGAGGGCAGGCUCCACUUUCACCAAGUCUUCAGGUAAGGAUCAAUCAACGGAAAUCUAGCAGGUUUGGCUCCGACCUGGAGCACCCAUCUGGACCCUGGAACAUCUGUCUGGUCUUCCAUGUUAACACAAUGAACACCUCUUUGUCCCAAACUUUUGAUUUAUAUGUACUUGUUGACUAUGAUUGAUUAGGAACUUAAUUUUAUUUUCCUGUUUUUUAAACCAUGUGUGGGUUUUCAAUUAAAAUCUGAUUAAAGCAGAAAUAAAUAUUAA